AUGUUGAAACUUCAGGUGAUACUUGUACCUCCAAGUGCCGUUAGAAGGGAACAAAGAUUGUUUCAACAGGCACCAUCAGGUCAUCCAAAUCAAUCAUUAAAUUCAUCACCAAACUUUUUAAAUAGAGGAAUUGGAACUAGUACACCAAACACUAAUAAUAAUCAUAAUAAUUCACAAAUUUAUCAAAAUUCAAGUUUUAAUUCUCAAGUUCCAAUACCAUUUGAAAGACCUUCUUUAAGGAAAUUUUUACAUAUAACUUCAAGAGAUAAAUCAUUAUUAGAAGUUGCUCAUGAAAUUAGUAUAAGAUUUGAAAAAUUAUAUCCAGAUGAACCACCAUUAGAAAUUCUAAAACUUCAAGAUUCUCAAGAAUGUGAUUUAGAUCCUGAUUAUGUUUCAGGUGAUGUUUUCGAUUAUGAUAAAGCUGUUCGUGUAUUAUUAAAUAAUGAAUUAGCUCCAGAAUUUUCACCACAAAAUCAUAUUGGUGAUGUUUCAAAUAUCACUACAGUUACACAAGAUGGUUAUCGUAAUAAACGUUCUGCAUCACCUAUUUUUUCAAGUCAAUUAUUACCAAAGAAAAGACGUCAAGAUGGUCGUGAUUCCGUAUGGAGAGGUCAAGGUGAAUCUAAUGAAUUAAGAAGAAGAUCUACACCAUUAUCAAAUCAAAUAUUCCCAGAUCAUCAACAAGAACAACCAGAAAAUGAACAAGAACAAGAUGAACGUGAAGAAAACUUGUCAUCAAGAGAUGUUAAUAAUUCAAUUAGAAAUAUUUCAAUCAAUGCAGAAGAUUCUGCUGAAACUUCAUUACCUCCACCAGAAGAUGAUGAUACUAGAUAUUUGGAUCCAAAGAAAUCUAAAGCUCCAGUGGCAACUUCACCAUUACCACCAUCAUCUAAAAGAAUAACUUCAGGAAUGCUUGUUGCUCCAGAACCACAAUUGAAAGAUGUUGAAGAUGAAGUUUUAGAAGAGAAACAAAUUAAUGAUGAUAUUACACAACGUAUCAUCCCAGUUAAGAAAUCAUUAGAAGAUAAAACUAAUGAAAAUAUAUCUGCUGUGCAAAAUGGUCAAAAUGAUGAAGAAAGUGAUGAAGAAUCUGAAAAUGAAAAUAUCGCAAAUGAAGAUAUCUUACCUCCACCUUCACAAAUUAAGAAACAUACACAAAUUUUAGAAAAACCAAAUGUUGGUAAUACUUCAUUAUCAAAUACUGUUACUUUAGAAAAACCAAAAGAAGUUUUAAAACCAGUUCCUGCACCAAAGAAAUCUGAUAAAUCAAUACUUAAUGCUUCACCAGAAAAAAUUGAUAAUGUUUCACCACAACCUAUUGAUUCAUCUGAACCAAAUACUAAAGAAGCUUCACCAGAUAUUCAAUUAUCACAAAAUACAUCAGCAUCAAACAUUCUUGCAAACAUUUCUAAAAGAGGGGAUAUUACAAAUAAAGAUAGUUUUUCAGAUUCUGAUGAAGAUCAAAUUGAAUCAAUUGAUGAACCAGAAUUUACUAAAGAUGAAAUUAUUAAAAUUUUCAAAAGUGGUAGAUUACCAGCUUCAGUUACCAAAAAAUUUGCUAAACAUAAUUCACAAAAACCUGUCCCAGCAAGACAAGUUAGAGCUGCUGCUUUAAAAGCUGCUGAAAAGAUGUCAAUUCCUCCUAAAGUUGGCUCAAAAUUUACUGAAAAGCAUGUCCCUGCUAAAGAUGAAAGUGAAGAUGAAGAAUCAACUGAAGAAAGUGAAGAAGAAGAAGAAGAUGAUGAUGAUAAUGAGAAUUCAGAAGAAGAAGGUACUGAAGAUGAGGAAGAGUCAGCAAAACCAUCAGAUUCUUCAGAUGAAAAUGUUGAUUAUUUCGAAAAGAAGAAACAAGAAGCUAAAGCUAAAGCUGAAAAAGAAGCUACAUCUACAUCUGCUACUCCAGCUAAUGUAUCUACUACAACUAAAAGUGCUGAUAAUACUGAUUCAAAAAUUCAACCAAAACCAUCACAAGAAACUAAAGCAAAAGAAACUUCUGCUCCAACUAAACCAGUUGAAACUAAAAAAUCAGAAUCAGUUAAUGGUACCAAGAAAGAAGGAUCUAAACCAGCAGAAGCUGACAAGACCAAAGAUGAUGACGAUGAAGAUGAUGAUAUUGAAAUGGUUGAUGCUUCAGAAGUUCCUUUGAAAGAUACUCCUGUUAAAGAAGCUCCUGUUAAACCAGCUCCAGCUAAGGAAACUCCUAUUGAAGAAGGUUGGGUUAAGACAUCACCAGCUAAAGCAGCAGCAAUUAAAGAAACAACUGCCGAUUCUGAUUCUAAGUUAGGAUCAUUGAGUCAAUCAUUGAAAGAAAUUGAUGCUCAAUCAACACAGUUGAAGGAUCUUCCUCAACUCCCAGCUGAAGUUAAAGUUCCAGAAUCACAAUUGCCAGCUCGUGCACAUAAACAACCAGCCCCACCAGUUACAAUUUAUUACGCAAGACCAGGUAAACCUAGAGUAGAUAUUGAUACCUUACCUCAAGAAUAUCCAACUGAAGAAGUUCCAGGAUUGGAUAAAAUUAUAGAUAAGCUAAAAGAUCCAAGAACUCCUGAUAAUGAAUUUAAUGAAUGUUUGAAAGAAAGAAGAAGGUUACUAUAUAAUGCUAGAAGACGUUUCUUAAGAAAGCAGAAGAAUGAAGAAGCAAAAGGUUUAACAGCUGAUACAACUGCAAACACAAGUAUAUCAUCUCAACCGGCUUCAUCUCAAAUUCCUCCAUCUUCUCAAACACCACCAGCAUCUCAACCAAAACCAUCACAACCAGCCAGUAAAUCAAAGGCUUCAUCAACUUCACAAGUACCAACACCUUCACAAUCAACCAAGAAGCCACAAGCACCAGCAGCUUCACAAACUCCAAAAUCUUCACAAGCACCAGUUUCACAAACUCCAAAAUCAUCACAAGCGCCAGCUUCUACUCCAUCUAAGAAACAAGCAUCAAAAGAAACACCUUCAGAUGUUUCAUCUAAUAAGAGAAACGCAAACUCAAAUAUCAGUUUAUCACAAGAUUCUAUUGAUUUCGAUACAUCUAGAUUUCAAGAUGAUGAAGCUUCAGAAAGAACCAGAAAGGAAUAUGAAAAAGCUAAAGAAGAAAUUGCACAACAAAGAAGAGAAGCUCAAGAGAAUGCUAGAAAAGCAGAUCAAGAAGCUAGAUCUAAAAGAGCUAAAUACUAUUCUGCUAAGGAAACACCAAAAUCCCAAGAGGUGAUCAAUGAUAGCUCUGAUUCAGGCUCUGAUAGUGGAUCAGGCUCUGACUCUGACUCUGAUUCAGGAUCUGAUGAUGAUGAAGAUGAAAAUGAUAAAACUAAAAAGAUUCCAAGAAUUGUUAAUACACCAAAAGGUCCAAUCCAAUCCACUAAUUUGAGAAAAUCAAUUGCUGCUAAUAAAAAGCUUCCUGAUGUUCAAGAAACAGCUUCUGCUCCAGUUACCCCAAUUUCCAAAAAAGUUGAAAAAACACCUUCAAAGCAACCACAAGGUAAUGAUGCUGACUCAAAGGCUAAACAACCUGUUAAAAAGCCAAACAGUCGUUAUUCAUUAAGUUCAUUGUCAGAUUUAGUUUCACGUGGUGUUCCAGAUGUCAUUGAUUCAUUAACUCCAAGAAGUUCCAGAACCAAAGAAACACCAAAGUCUAGUCAAAAGAAACAAGAAGUCAGUGACUCAUCUGAAUCAAGUGAUGACGACGACGAUGAUGAUGAGGACAACUCAGACACAGAUGAUAGUAGUGACAGUGAUGAAAGCUCUAGUGAUGAAGAGUUAAAAGGGAGUCAAAAAUAUCUUAAUAAAAAGGCUGCAAAAAAUUUGAUUAAUCAAAAUAAACGUAAAACCAAAACCAAUAAGGCUUUCAGAGGUUUAAUGAAAGACGCUAAAAAGAAAUGA